CGCCGUCGGAUCGAAGUGGCGGCCGCCUCCCUCUCUGCCCCACUUUUCCGCCGCCGAUUUCUCUUCCUCUUGCCCCGGCACAAUGUUUGGUUCAAAAGAAAGCCCCAUCUUCAUCCUGCAUGGUAAUCACAUCAGUGGAAGAAGGGACAAAUGAGUCUUGAUCCAUGUACCUCUUUCUGAAGUUGUCAGGGAUGAUGGUUAGGCCUUCAAAAUUUAGCAGUAUGUUAAUUAUAACGAGCUUCUCUGGCUGGCGAUUCCAUGACUUCCCUUUACAAGUUUCUUCUCCUGAUUCUCAAUGACCCUAGAGAUGCACCGAGGAAAAAUGCAUGUGAUUCCAAGGGACUGGGAUCCCGGCAGGUUGCCAGAGUGCGAGAUGUUGCAGGAAGAUGAAGCUGAGCUCAAUGUGAUGGAUUUUGUAGAGACAGAGUACAAACCGGAGAAUAAUGAUGAGAUGAGAAUAAGCAAGCGGAAACUCCCAAAGGAGAGGAAGAUCAGAAGUAAAAAAUGCUGGGGAGUAAGCGCAGAAAAGGUCAAGGAUACAACAAAAGAGACGAAAGCAAAGAAUAACCGGAAGAAAUUCAGAGCUACUCAGAAGCCUCCUCCUCCUCCUCCUCCUCUCACAAGAUCAUACACAGAUUCAGACUUAGCUGUCGUCUGUCCUUAUGCAACAUGCUUGAAAAACCUCUGUGACCGAGUAGGCACCAUUCAGGACCCAGAACCAGAACCCUUGCCUCCAAGACUCUUCGACCAGCUUCAACACCUGGAAGUCCACUACCCAUAUGCUGCUCUCUUGAAGGAAUUAUAUCUCAAUGCUCAAGCUGAUAGCAACAACAUUCCGUCCAUGAGGCCAGAGCGUGACUGCCAAGAGCUAGGAGUUUUUGAGUUAAUGAAGACUCUUAACUAUAAAACAGGAAUUAAAUCAAAGACCUCAAAACAUAGUCAUGCAAACACCAAUGACUUUGAAACACCCUUCAGCACAAUCCUUCUUGCAUUAUUCAUGCAAUAUAAAAAUUGUAACUCUAAAAGGAAUUGGAGAGAGAGCAGCAAUAAGAGAACCGGUGAUUUAAAUGGUAUAGGCAAAAUCUUGCAAAAAUCCAUGACAGAGCCACAUGCUGAAGACUUGCCUUUGAAGGAAUUGCAUUCUUCUGCACUUUUACAUAGAAUAUCUCUUUCUAUUCAGCAAAAGGAAAAUUGUAUAGUUGGAGAAUCUCUUCAGAAUGAUGGUGAUAAUCAUCACAUGACUGUAGAACAGUCAACAACCGAGUCUUCACACAGCGAAGCAGAUGAUUUAGAGUGGAAGCCAAGUCGAUCAAGAAAGAAAGCAGCCAAUGGAUUACCAAUACAAAAAAGGCGAAAGUCAGAGAGAAGAAAAAAGAGGUCACAAAGUAAGCCCUCUUCUUCAAAAAGAGAGAAUAUUUCCACACUAAAUGAAGAAUCGGUUUGUGUUAAGGAAUUAGAUGGUAAAGUUACAUCAGAGCCAGUUGCUCCUUCAAGGCUCCUUCAGCUGAUUAUUGGCAAAGAUCAGAAUAAAUUAAGUAGUUGCCUUGAGAAGAUAUCUGCCAGAAAUUUAAAAGUGAAGAAUGAAGAGAGAGCAGGUGUACCUAAAGACCAGGGAAAGAUAAAUGAAUUGAAAGUGAAAAGCAGAAAAAUCCCAGGCAGUAAAAGUAAAAAGUGUCAGCUCCAGCAUAAAGUGGCUGCAGCGGAAGAAACCAAAAAUGGGGAAAGGAACUCCAAAAGGGGAAAUAAGGGGUCAUUGAUGGUUGCAGGCAAAACCCAAGAAAGUGAUGCUAGUGGGAGUCAGAUGCUGUUGGAGUCUAAUGCCAGUGAACAACAGAGCCUUCUGAAGGAAUACCUAUUAAAGCCAGCCGGUGAAGAAAUCAAAACAGAGAAUGACUGUGAUAUGCCGAAGGUAGAAACAAACUUUUUGUUCAGCCGCAUGCUCCAAAAUUUCAAGAUAUUAGCAGAAGCCAAUCACUCUGAGAGCAUUUCAGAAAGAGAGCAAGAGAGUUCAAGUGUUACAGAUAUUUUACGUGAAAUGUUGGUGGGUGGAAACACAGAUGAGGAGUUGAAGAUUGAUGUUGACACUCACAAAGACACAAAAGAUGACAAAAGUUUGAUCCAAAGUGUAAUCCUCCAAUGUCCACAGACAAAUUGCUCCAAUAUACAGGAUCCAGUCUGCAAAGUUGAAUGUGAUAAUAGUGUAGUCUGUAAAAUAGAAUGCGAGGAAGACAUUUGCAAAGUGGAACACGAGGAAGAUUGUUACGAAUGCCAAGUGUGCCACCUACAGUUUUCAUCUGCAAUAGACCUCUCCACUCACCAGGUACUGUUCCAUUGCAGCGAAGACCCUGAAGCUUCCAGCACCCACAUGUUGCUGUCCCACAGUGUUGAUAAUUUAAAAAGUAAUGCAUUGCAGAAGAAACUUCCUGCUUGAUUGGGUGUGACAGUCUACCUGGUCACUUGUGCUUCCUAGAGUGUACCACAAUUAUUUAUGUGAUCAACCUUCUUCAUCUGUUCACCGUGCAAUAUGUACAAAUAUUUUUAGGGAGAAGAUGAAUAGAUUUUAGGCUUAUGAAAAAUAAUAGAUGUAUGCAUUUAGAUGAGAUUUGAUUUAUGCAGAAUGUUAAAGGCAAGUAAUUAUCAUUGUCAUCAUAUCAAUCUAUGUAUAUUAUAAUUAUUAACACUGAUAUUUAUUUUUUUGAUGAUUAUUUUAAAAAGUUACAUCUACUUGGUGUUAAGACUGAGUCCGUCCAAAAUGUACAGCCAGUUACACAAGUCCUCAAUUGUUCUUUCAGAAGUGGCUGUUAUUCAGGAAGUGAGUGCAAUUAAUAAAUAGAUAUAUAAACAACCCAGUACUUAGAUUAGUAGGCAACUAUCUUCUUUUGGUGUUGUUGUUAUUGUUGUUACUUGUGCAUAGAAUGAUUUUCUUUCCAUCUCAAAUAUUUACCAUCUUAUUGAAGGACCAGUCAUUUGUAAAGUCACAGAAAUAAACUAGGAAAUGUAGGUGAUCUAUUCUUAUAUUCUUGGGAUGUGUACAAAACCAGAUAUAUUAUUAACAUAUUGCAGUCUAUUUUAGUGUUAAUGUUGCAGUUAAAGUGCUUGUGUGUUUAGAAUCGUUGGGUUUUCUGAAGAGUUAUUUAGCAUGAAAUGUGUAGUUAUUGUAUAUUGGUAGGUGAAUGCAGUAGCUAUUUAUUUUAUUCUGUUGUAGAUUUUGUCAAAUUGGUACUUACAUAUCAACAGGAAAAAGGUUAUAAGAAAUUUCUUUUAAAUUAAACCAAAGAAGAGUCAUAGCAAUUGGUUUUAAACCAUUUAUAAUUUUAUGGAAAAAAAUAGAUUUCAGCACAGUUAUAAAUUACAGUCACUGUCCCAGAUACACUCUGCUUGAUGAAUAUUAAGAAAAAAUAUAUACAAUGGUCAGAGGUUGUUGUGGCAUGAUAAUGUUAAACUAGUGUUUGAUAUUUGUUUUGUUUUGUGCUGAAGGAAUCUCUUUGUGUCUGUACAUGUACUGUUUUCUUAAGUAAACUUAUAAAAAUUAUAUAAUGGCAGCACCAGGAGAGCUUUUUUGUUGUAAUUAUUUAAAUGUCAGAAGUGCUUUUGUGUCAGUACUUGGGUUUUCUAAAAUGUAUUAGAACCAGUGUGUUUGAGAAUUUAGCAUCAUGUAAAAGUGAUACUUUGCUUGAUUUUUUUUUUUAUAAAACUUUUUUUUUCUCUGUAAUGCAUAUACCCUAUUUUGUAAAGUCUAAAGCUUAUUCACUGCUAAUUUGUGCCAAGUGAUAUAUAUAUUUAUAAUCUGACCUAUGAGGAUUUCAACCCAUUAAGACUACCAGUGCAUACAUACAUGCACUGUCCACUGUGGUUUUGGUCUAUUAAUUAUGUCUACUUACAAAUGGCUCCAGAAGCACCGAGUCACCAAAAGGACAAUUAAGCAGGAUUACGUGAUCUCACCUAAUUACCCUCAUUUCUUGAAUUUUUGGAAAGAAAGUUAGUUUUGUGGCUUUUUUAUUGUUAGUAGCAUCAUGAGAAUAUGAGUAAAAUUUAAAAUGUCAGUAGUGUUAGUAUCGGUAAUAAAAGUAAAUGCAAAGUUUGGGGUGAACAGUUAUGAUGAGAUGGGCCCAGUAAUUGACAAUUUGGUAACUAAGUGCUUGGGAAGUUAUGUAUGUGUAAACAAAUUUGAUAUAUAAAGCAAAACCAAUGGGUUAACUAGCAAAUAUGUUCUUUCGAAACAUACAAUAAGCAAAGGAUUGUACCUGAAUGAACAUCAGGCAGUUUUUAUUAAAUGAGGUUAAAGGGAAGAGAAUAAGACAAUCCAAAGAAUAUGCUGUAGCACUAUUUCUGAGACUGGAUGUUUCUGCUUCAGUGGUUUUUGAUGACGCUAGUGGUAGAUGGUUUUAUGUCGGCAGUACCAUACGUGUUAGUACUUGAGAUCCAGUCUACCGUUUGACCAAACCUGAUAUUUAGUAUUUUGUUUAUGGCUUUCCAAGAUUUUUUUUCUUUCUUUUUUUUUUUUCUAAGAGUUCAGCUCAAAGAAAUGAUAAUUCAUAUCCUAAGUACAAAUAUACCUUGAAGCCAUUAUGCACACUUUAUUUUGUCAAACCAAAAAACCUUUAGUUCUGAUGUCAAUGUUUAACAAAAUUUUGUUUUUGGAUGAACACACAUUGUCUAAAUAUUAUUUUUAGGAUUAGAAAAGUGUCCUAGUUGUCAUUGUAUGUAAGCACAGAUCGCCUUGUAUCUUAUUUGUAAUGAAAAUGCUUCAUGGAAAUGUCUGUAGCUCCUUUGUGAGACACUGUGGAACCUCAUUGUUCAGUUAUGUGAUCCAUAAAGUUUAGUUAAUAUUAAGACAUAUAAAAAUGGACCGAGUGAUAUAACAUGCAGCAUACCCCCAUGCCUUAUAAAUGAUAAGUGUGGUAAGUCUUGCACUUUUUUUUUUUUUUU